CUAACUAACACAAAUCUCAAGGUUGGAUCAGAAUAACCAGCCAAGUAAGUCUCUAUCUUUAGAAGAUUUAUACUUUUCAAGUCUUCAAGAAUCGAGUCAGUAGUUGUGACUUACAGUUACAGAUAGGUGAAGUCCAUAACCAUAAGAAAAGAAAGUCUUACGAGUCCAUGACGCAAUAACAACAGUGAAUAUUCAGAGCAACAAAUGGUAACAAGACAAACAGGGGAUGGGCAUUGAAUGAUAAGAUUUCAUGGUCCAUUCUGAUCAUCUAUCAUUUUUUUAAAUAACUAAUUUUAGGGGUUUUUCUAUUUAUGGCUUCACCUUCUUUAAUUCAUCAUCAUACUCCUUAUAAUUCUUCUUAUUAUAAAAAUUCACCCAAAUUUCAUCUCAGAUAUGGGACUACUUCUUCAACCUCACCCUCUACUUCGUCUUCCUCCUCCUCGUAUUCUAAUUCUUCACCUUCUUCAUCUUCUUCUAAACAAGGCUCCAACUUCUCUGGCUUAAACUCUUCUUCCAAAAAUUUGAGUUCCAGCUUUCAAGCAAUGAGUGCUCAAGGAAAUGUUGCAUCAGCCAAGGGCAUUAAUAAACUCAAUGAUGGACCCGAUCAUCUUCUUGUCCUUGUCCAUGGUAUCUUGGCGAGCCCUAGUGACUGGACGUAUGUUGAAGCAGAGUUAAAAAAGAGACUGGGAAGAAGCUUCUUGAUUUACGCAAGUUCAUCCAAUACAUUCACCAAAACUUUCAAUGGGAUUGAUGGAGCUGGGAAACGAUUAGCUGAUGAAGUGAAGCAAGUCGUCCGCAAGACAGAGAGCUUGAAAAAAAUCUCUUUCUUGGCCCAUUCUCUUGGUGGCUUGUUUGCACGAUAUGCAAUUGCGGUUUUGUAUGCUUCGUACGCAAAUGGUAAUGGCGUGUCUGAUGAAAUUACCAGGUUUCCCAGAGGUAGUAAUUUUGAGAAUGCGACAUCAUCUUUAUGCCGUGGUACAAUUGCUGGAUUGGAGCCAAUCAACUUCAUUACCUUGGCAACCCCACAUCUAGGAGUGAGAGGGAGAAAGCAGCUUCCCUUUCUUCUAGGAGUCUCGUUUCUCGAAAAACUUGCUGCGCCUAUAGCUCCCAUUUUGGCUGGUCGAACUGGUCGGCAGUUAUUCCUUUUAGAUGAAAAACCCAGCAGACCACCCCUUCUGUUAAGAAUGGCGUCUGAUUGUGAAGAUGGGCAAUUUAUAUCUUCCCUUGGUGCUUUUAGAUGUCGAAUUGUCUAUGCCAAUAUCACAUAUGACCAUAUGGUUGGUUGGCGCACAUCCUCCAUUAGAAGGGAAGCAGAACUUGUUAAGCAUCCCCCCAAACGAUCUCUGGAUGGUUACAAGCAUGUUGUAGAUGUGGAUUACUGUCCUCCAGUAUCAUCUGAAGGUCCAAAUUUUCCGCCAGAAGCAGCUAAAGCAAAGGAGGCAGUGCUGAAUACAUCCAGUGCGCAGAAAGCAGUAGAGUAUCAUGAUAUCAUGGAAGAUGAAAUGAUACGUGGUUUACAGAGGUUAGGGUGGAAGAAAGUUGAUGUCAGCUUUCACUCUACAUUUUGGCCCUUCUUAGCCCAUAACAACAUUCAUGUGAAAAGCGAAUGGAUAUAUAAUGCUGGUGCAGGAGUUGUUGCUCAUGUUGCAGACAGCCUAAAGCAGCAGGAGUCUUCAUCCUCGUCGAGCUUCAUUAGUCCAAGCCUUUAGAUUUACCUUUUGAUAAUUGUAUCACAUCAAGUUAUAACGUAUUUGUACAAUAGUGAAUACAACACAAAAAAGACCGUGAAUACAACACAAAAAAGACCCAAAUUUAAAGAAAAGAGGUUUGCCCAUUAUAAUUGGUCUGUGAAAAAACUUUGUAGUCAUGGACUUGUUGCAGUUAAAUAAAGUUACCUGAUCCCAUCAUUAAUUUUA